GGGUAGCCCAAGCGUGCCAGCUGGAGACUGUGCCGGGACUGCCCCCUCACAGUUCUCCCGCGCGAAACCCAACCGGACUGCUCCACUCCCUCCCUCCACUGCAGGGGGGAGCCCUGCGCCCCCACUCUUGCAACUGCCUCGGGCUGCGCCCAACUGCUGCGCCUUCUGGUGUCGCCGGUGAAGCCAAGUUUCCUGGUCUUAAAGUUUAGGGCAGUGACCCGAGCUUCUCCUCCUAGCACACCGGCGCCAAGUGGGCGGUGCGGCAUGCUCCCCCCGUCCCGGGUGCCGAGUGUGCCCCUCCCCGGGCUCGGAGCAACUCGGGGCGCUGCGCGCGGGCUGCAAGACCGCGGGGCUUUCUCCGUGCGCCCGGCCUUGGCGAGCCAGGCUCCGGUGUCCGCGUGCUAGGAGGAGGCAGGCACUCUUUUGGGGGAAGAAUGGAGCUGGCGACUCGCUCCCAGCAGAUCCCUAAAGAAGUAGCUGACAUCUUUAACGCCCCUAGUGAUGAUGAAGAGUUCCUCGGUUUCCGAGAUGAUGUUCCCAUGGAAACCCUCUCGUCCGAGGAGAGCUGUGAGAGUUUUGACUCACUGGAGUCAGAGAAACAGCAGGGUAUGCAUUUCCAUUCCCAGUACCUCACAGAUGAGCUAAGACGAAUUUUUAUAGAAGACACAGAUUCAGAUAUGGAAGAUUUUGAAGGGUUUACACAGAGUGAGCUGAUUGUCAACACUAACCCACAGCACAUGGAGUCAGAUUUGAGUGAUGAUGGUAAAGCAUCUUCAGUGGAUGAGGAAGAUGAUGAUGAAGAGAAGGCUACACCUAGAAACAGCAAACUGAGAAGAAGCAGCAUUGGCCUUCGAGUAGCUUUUCAGUUCCCUACCAAGAAACAGACAAGGAAAUCUGAUAAGGACAGUUCUGAGUCUCUGUUUUCUAGCUCUUGCUUACAGAACUGUAAAAACAGAACUCUUAGAAGAAAGAAAAAUUAUAGACAGGGAAAGGAAAGGGAAGAGUCUGCCUCCGAGUCUGAGGAUGAGUCCAGGGAUGAGGGCCAGGAGAGCUCAGAUGCUCUGCUGAAGAGGACCAUGAACAUCAAGGAGAACAAAGCUAUGCUUGCUCAGCUCUUGGCAGAGUUGAACUCAAUGCCAGAUUUGUUCCCGGUGCGAACCCCAAACUCAGCUUCUAAGAAGAAAACAGUGAGGCGGGCAUACUCAGAGGGCCAGAUCACAAGGCGCAUGAACCCAACCCGGAGUGCACGGCCUCCAGAGAAGUUUGCACUGGAGAACUUCACUGCUUCAGCCACCAAAUUUGCCGAGGAGAUUUACGACUUUAGAAGAAGGAAGACAAUUAGUGGGGGAAGAUGCCAGGGCUACAGGCGGCGUAGCCGAAUCUCUUCUUUUCGACCAGUGGAGGAUAUCACUGAAGAAGAGUUAGAAAAUGUUGCCAUAACAGUUCGAGAUAAGAUCUAUGAUAAAGUUCUGGGCAACACUUGCCAUCAGUGUCGGCAGAAGACCAUUGACACCAAGACAGUGUGUCGGAACCAGAGCUGCGGGGGAGUUCGGGGACAGUUUUGUGGCCCUUGCCUGCGGAAUCGCUAUGGAGAGGAUGUGAGGAAAGCUCUGCUGGACCCGGAUUGGAUAUGUCCUCCCUGCCGUGGAAUCUGUAAUUGCAGUUACUGUCGGAAGCGCGAUGGUCGCUGUGCCACAGGGAUCCUCAUACAUCUGGCCAAAUUUUAUGGUUAUAAUAAUGUGAAGGAAUAUCUGGAAAGCAUACAGAAGCAGCUGGUAGAAGACAAUUAAGAGAACCAGUCAUCUCGGCAUAGAGUAUAUCCCAGCAGGACAUGCCAUACAUACCAUUUGUGCCUAAGGUCUUCCAGUUGUGUUUUACACAGGAAAACUUAUAGAUGUAAAUGCCAUUUAAAAGAUUGUUUAUAUACUUAAAAAUAUUUCUCAGGAAGAUAGCAGUGGAAUUGUUAUACAUAAAUAUACAGACCUAUUUCUAUAUUGAAUUCUUAAAAGAAUAAAGCACAUAGUUUGAGUAGAGUUUAGAUAAGUUACAGAGAAAAAUGUUGUAUAAAAAACUCUUACCUUUGA